AUGGAUAAGCCUCCUUAGCAAGAAGAAAAACAUUUAUUUAAAAUAGUGUUAAUUGGUGAUUCAAGUGUUGGAAAAUCAAAUAUCCUUUCAAGAUUUACCAAAAGAUAGUUUAAUUUUGACAGCCAACCAACAAUAGGAGUUGAAUUUGCCACUAGAUCAUUGACAGAGAACGGAAAAAUAAUUUAAGCUUAAAUUUGGGAUACUUGUGGAUAAGAGAGAUAUAAAUCAAUAACAAGCGCAUAUUACAGAGGAGCAGUUGGAGCAAUGUUAAUUUAUGAUAUCACAAAACAAAAAACAUUUGAAAAUAUAGAAAAAUGGAUCUAAGAAUUGAAAGAGUAUGCGGAGACAAAUGUAGUAGCUAUGUUGAUUGGAAAUAAAGCAGAUUUAAAAGCUUAAAGAAAAGUUCCUAGCGAUAAGGCCGCUUAAUUUGCAGAAAACCAUACUAUGGCAUUUAUGGAAGUGAGUGCAUUUGAUGGAACGAAUGUUGAUCUAGCAUUUUCAAGACUUAUUAAUGAAAUAUAUUAAUUAAUAAAUAAAUAGUCUUUAGCAGAAAAUUAGGAUUAGUCAAUACAGCAAUAGAUGCAGAGUAGAAAUAACAUGCAAAUUCAAUAAUCCUAAUGUAAUUAAUCAUAAGACACUUGUUGCAAAUGA